AUGUUUGUUUUUUGUUUAUUUUUAGUUAGUUUUGCAACAAAAACAGUAGCCAGUGGAUCUUACUUCUGCGGUAACGGCUAUUCUAGUCGAAGAGAGUUUAAAUGCCUCCAAGGAUCCGAUUGUGUUGAAAAGGAAAACAUUUGUGAUGGGUCCAAAGACUGUGGUGAUGGUAGUGAUGAAGGAUCCUGCAUGAGCCAAGAACCACCAAAACCUGUCUGCAUACUUCCACCCUAUCCUGCUCAUGGGACGUAUGAACUUUAUCACGCACCAGAAGUUAACAACACAGAACCUGGUCAGGCACUGCAGUUCUUUGCUUUGAGGGUCACCUGUGCUCGGGGCUACGGAAUGACAGAAGAUUACGAUAAUGGUUAUAAUGGAACGUUGAACGUGUUCUGUGUAAACAACGUGUGGUCGAUUCCUAUGCCUAAAUGCGUUCGCUUCUGCCGGCUAGAUCCAGACCCCAGCAUUCGUUACAUGUGCUAUGGGAGAGUUUGCAAGAAUUACGUAGCACCUGGAAGACUGGUAAAAGAAAUAAGAAUUCCAGCUCUAUUUCAUGGAGCAGCAGCAAACUUUCAAGAAGAUAUAGCUCUCUUGAUUCUGACCAAUCCCUUCACUUAUAAAACAUAUGUAGGGCCUGUGUGUCUUAACUUUGACAUCGUGUUCGAUACAUUGCAACUCCAACAAGGCAAUUUUGGAAAGGUAGCUGGUUGGGGACUCACAGCAGCCAAUGGAGUCGCCUCUCAGUUCCUUCAAGUAGUUGAGAUGCCAUUCAUCAAUGAAAAAUCAUGUGUUAAUGAUCUCCCACAAUCUUUUAGGCCUUAUAUUACUGGAGAUAAGUUUUGUGCAGGAUAUACCAAUGGUACCGCUCUAUGUAAAGGUGACAGUGGCGGUGGGAUAGUUUUCUCUGAACGAGAACAAGGAAUUGAUCGAUACUACCUUCGAGGCAUUGUGUCUACAGCUCCUAACCUCGAAGAUCAAUUGUGCAAUGACAAAACCUAUACCACGUUUACUAGAAUCAGGAGACACGAGGAUUUCAUUAAAAACGCGCUUGUCGAUGCCAAUUUGGUGAAGAGUUGCCCACCGUAUAUGUUCCAAUGUGACGAUGAUACUUGUGAAGAUCAAGAAGCUGAUUGCAAAGAGAAUAAAUAG